AUGGCGUCCUGGGCUUUGCUCGACGAGAAAAGCGAGUUUGAGCUUCACAAGUCCCGUCUUUUCAAUGUCGAAGAGAGACCGUUCAAACGAAUCGCCACGCGCCUGUCUACCAUCUCCUCCGUCGCCUCCAAAGCCGCACGGCGUAAUGGGACAACAGAAAAUGGCACCGAUGCAGCAAACGUCCCCACCCAAGACAGCUUGAAAGAAGAUGUUACGCUCGACUUUGCCGCCUUUGAGAGCAGCAUUGCGCGUCUCCAGUUCCUCCACGACGCCAAUCAGCGCGAGCGUGAACGAUAUGCGGCUGACCAGCAGCGCAUUCUGACGGAAUGCCAGACAGUGCGGACCAACAAUGGACAGUUAAGAGAACAGUUGAACGCCGCGAGAGCGACGCUCGACCAGCGGAAGAAAUUCGACGAACUCGCGGACAAGAUCACAUCCAACAGACUACUGCGUCCGCGGGAGGACCAGCUCGCCAACUUGGCGAAACUCGAGGAAGAGUGCAGGGAGUUGGAACGAGAGAGUGGUACAUACAAAGAAACAUGGAAGGAGCGCAGAGAACAGUUCAACAGGAUCAUGGAAGAAGGCAUGAUGCUGAGGCGGCAAAUUCGCGACGAGAAGGAGGAGGUCGACCGGCGAGAGGGCAUGAAUGAGGAAGGGGAGGAUGAGGCCGAAGGAGAGAGGGUGGGCGCAACACCCAGACCGGUUGCCAGUGACAAUGCGACGCCACGUCCAGACGGCGAGGUUCAGUCCAAAGGCGAGGACGAUGUGGAAAACGAAGAUGGGUCCGCAAACGCAGCGGCUUCGAGCAGGGACAGGACGCCGCUGGGCGACACGCCCGCUCAGGACCGGGAAGGGUCAAGGGCGGCCCCGACACCGGCCGACUCGACGUCCUGGGCGUCACGAAGUUCAGGACGCUAUCUACAGGCUCCUGACGGGCAAACCCCUUCACUGCAAGGAGAUCAGGACGCCGGGGAUGUCGACAUGGAAUACCAUGCGGAGAACCAAACGAGAAGGCGGGAUGAUGAAGAGGGCGAGGAUGAAAUGGAGGUUGAGGAAUAA